AUGCUACAACAGCCAAAGGUGGCGGUGUCAGUCAUCAAGAACUCCAACAUCAAGAACCUCAACGUUCUCAACACCCCCGUCCAGGCUUUCAGCAUCAACAGCGUUACCAACUUGGGAGUGUACGGUGUUACCCUGGACAACUCGCUGGGAGACAACAAGGGCGGACAUAACACCGAUGCUUUCGAUGUUGGCUCCUCCACCGAUGUCUACAUCUCUGGCGCUAUCGUCAAGAAUCAGGAUGACUGCCUCGCCAUCAACUCUGGAACCAACAUCACCUUCACCGGCGGAAACUGCAGCGGUGGCCACGGUCUGUCCAUCGGCUCUGUUGGCGGCCGAAGCGACAACGUUGUCAAGACUGUCCGGAUCCUCAACUCUACGAUCUCCAGAUUGGGUCAACACGAGAUCGAAUUCACCUGGGGAGAUGGAGAGUAA